AUGGACAUGGAUGGAUCCAGGCAGCAGCAGAGGAGGAGGGGCUCGCCGCCGGAGGCGUCGGGGAGGCCCCGCACCGUGCCGAUCGCCGUCACGCCGGAGGGCUUCUGGUGCUGCCCGUCCCCCGCCGCGCUGCACAAGAGCCUCCUCAAGAACCCGCACCACCAUCCCCACGCCAAGCACGCGCCGGCGCCGCCGACGCAUAAGACCCCCUCGGCCCCUCCGUCCAGAGCCCCCUCGGUCCAGACCGCGCCGUCGGUGACCGACGACCCGGCGCCCGCCGUGACGGACGACCAGCAGCACCACAACCACAGCCAAGCGACAACUGAGGCUCCGGCUCCGGCCGGCGGGCAGCAGGAGCCGCCGCCGCAGCAGCACAAGGUCUGCGUCGGGUUCGGGCGGCCGGAGACGAGCGACCUGACGGUGAUGCUCUACGGAAAAGAGGGCAUCGCGGUCAGGAUGAGCGUCCACAGGGACGUGCUCUCCCAGAGCAGCGCCUUCUUCGCCCAGCGCCUCGCCGCCGCCGGCAACCCCGCCCCCGCUCCGCCGCCCUGCGUGGAGAUCCACGACUGCGACGACGCGGAGAUCUACGUGGAGACGGUAGGCCUAAUGUACUGCGACGAGGCCAAGCACCGGCUGCUGCUCAAGCAGAGCGUCCCGCGCGUGCUCCGCAUCAUGAAGGCCGCUGACGCGCUCGGCUUCCACGCCUGCGUCACGUCCUGCCUCCACUACCUGGAGGCCGUCCCGUGGGACGGCGACGAGGAGGAACGCAGCGUCGUGUCCUCGGUCCGCCGUCUCCAGAGCAGGGACAAGGACGACGGCUGCAACUACUACGGCGGAGUCGUCACCCCGCUGCUGAAGAGGAUCGCCUCCGACGACUGUCUGAGACCGCCCAGCGACACGUUCGCGAGCAUCACGGAGAUGGUGCUGACGAGCACCGACGACCGAGGCCGUCGCGAGAUGAAGGCCCUGGUCCUGAACCUCCUCAAAGAUAGCACCCGCAGCCAUGGCGUCGGCGUCACCGGCGGCGACGGAUCACCACCAGACGACAUCUCCUCUGCCGAAACGCUGUGCGGUUCGUGCCGGGGCUGCCUGGACCGGCUCCAGGAGCUGUUCGCCGAAGCGUCGUCGUCCGAACCGGACUACUACUGCCCCGCCGUCGUCACGCGGCGGAUCGCGCUGGAGACCGACAACCUCCUGUGGCUGGUGGAGAUGCUGAUGCUGGCGAGCCAGCGCGCCGGCGACGGCUUCGUGGCGCUGUGGUCGGGGCAGGCGGAGCUGGCCGCGUCGCACGCCAGGGUGCCGGCGCCCUCCCGCCACGCCGUGAGCCGCGUCACGGCGCGGCUGUUCGUCGGCGUCGGGAGAGGGGAGCUGCUCCCGCCCAGGGACGCCCGCCUCCGCCUCCUCCAGGUCUGGCUGCACCCGCUCAUCGACGACUACGCGUGGCUGCAGCGCUGCGGCGGCUCCCGGCCGUCGUCGGCGUCGUUCGACAGGAGGCUCGUCGAGGACGGCAUCGGGCAGACGAUCCUCACGCUGCCGCUGGAGGACCAGAGGUCGAUCCUGCUUGCGUGGUUCGGGAGGUUCUUGAAGCUCGGCGACGAUUGCCCGAAUUUGCAGAGGGCGUUUGAGGUGUGGUGGAGAAGGACUUUCGUCAGGCCGUAUGUUCUUUGUCAGCCUGAUUCUGACGCAGGUGAUGUUUCGCCAGCGCCCAUCAGAUAA